GCGCUAGGCAAGCGCGCACAUCGCUCGCUAUCCGGGGCGCGCGUGGGCCUCUCGAGACCCCAGCGGCGACCCGUAGCUCGGGCGCGCGCCUGUCGCAGCCCGCAGGAAGGAGGCGGCCUGAGGCCCGGGGCGGCGGCCGCCAUGGAGAUCUCCUCGGCCCAGGGCCGGUGCCUGGGGCCUCGGGGGCGGCCCUGACCGUCCUCCUCCUCGCCCGGGCCGGGUCACAGUUGUGCCCCCGGCGGCGCUCAGCCACCUCUGUGUCUCCGCCCUCGCUGGGUCGCGCUGCUGCCUGGGCGCGGCGGCGGCGGCGCCCUGUUGAAUGGGCUGUGAGGGCCCGGGUCUGAAGUGCUGGCGGACGCGGCCUCCGGGGGCGCAAGGCAGCAGCAGCGGUGGCGACCAAACGGGUGUUGGAGUUGGCGGCGGCCAUGGAAGGCCUGGCUGGGUAUGUGUACAAGGCGGCCAGCGAGGGCAAGGUGCUCACUCUGGCUGCCUUGCUCCUUAACCGGUCGGAAAGCGAUAUCCGCUACCUGCUGGGCUAUGUCAGUCAGCAGGGAGGACAGCGCUCCACACCCCUCAUCAUCGCAGCCCGCAAUGGGCACGCCAAGGUGGUGCGCUUGCUGUUAGAACACUACCGUGUGCAGACCCAGCAGACUGGCACCGUCCGCUUCGACGGGUAUGUCAUUGAUGGUGCCACUGCUCUUUGGUGUGCUGCAGGAGCUGGACAUUUUGAAGUUGUUAAACUUCUUGUCAGCCAUGGAGCCAAUGUGAACCACACCACAGUCACUAACUCAACCCCACUGCGGGCAGCAUGCUUUGAUGGCAGACUGGACAUUGUGAAAUAUUUGGUUGAAAAUAAUGCCAAUAUCAGCAUUGCCAACAAGUAUGACAACACCUGCCUGAUGAUCGCAGCAUAUAAGGGGCACACUGAUGUGGUCAGAUACCUUUUAGAACAGCGCGCUGAUCCCAAUGCUAAAGCACACUGUGGAGCUACAGCAUUGCACUUUGCAGCCGAAGCUGGUCACAUUGACAUUGUGAAAGAGCUGAUAAAAUGGCGAGCUGCAAUAGUGGUGAACGGCCAUGGUAUGACACCGUUGAAGGUAGCUGCCGAAAGCUGUAAAGCUGAUGUUGUUGAACUGUUGCUCUCUCAUGCCGAUUGUGACCGCAGAAGUCGGAUUGAAGCCUUGGAGCUUUUGGGUGCCUCCUUUGCAAAUGACCGUGAGAACUAUGACAUCAUGAAGACAUACCACUAUUUAUAUUUAGCCAUGUUGGAGAGGUUUCAAGAUGGUGACAACAUUCUUGAAAAAGAGGUUCUCCCACCCAUCCAUGCUUAUGGCAACAGAACUGAGUGUAGGAACCCCCAGGAACUGGAGUCCAUUCGGCAAGACAGAGAUGCUCUUCACAUGGAGGGCCUUAUAGUGCGGGAACGGAUUUUAGGUGCUGACAACAUUGAUGUUUCCCAUCCUAUCAUUUACAGAGGGGCUGUCUAUGCUGAUAACAUGGAGUUCGAGCAGUGCAUCAAGUUGUGGCUUCAUGCACUACACCUCAGGCAGAAAGGUAAUAGGAAUACCCACAAGGAUCUGCUUCGAUUUGCUCAAGUCUUCUCACAGAUGAUACACCUCAAUGAAGCUGUGAAGGCCCCAGACAUAGAAUGUGUUCUGAGAUGCAGUGUUUUGGAAAUAGAGCAGAGCAUGAACAGAGUUAAAAAUAUCUCCGAUGCUGAUGUCCACAGUGCCAUGGACAACUACGAGUGUAACCUCUAUACUUUUCUGUACCUGGUGUGCAUCUCCACCAAGACACAGUGUAGUGAAGAAGACCAGUGCAGAAUUAACAAGCAGAUCUACAACCUGAUUCACUUGGACCCCAGAACACGGGAAGGUUUCACCUUGCUACACCUGGCUGUCAACUCAAACACACCAGUCGAUGAUUUUCACACCAAUGAUGUCUGCAGCUUUCCCAACGCACUGGUCACGAAGCUCCUGCUGGACUGUGGUGCUGAGGUGAAUGCCGUGGACAAUGAAGGGAACAGUGCCCUCCACAUUAUCGUCCAGUACAACAGGCCCAUCAGUGACUUUCUGACCUUGCACUCCAUCAUCAUCAGCCUUGUGGAGGCCGGCGCUCACACUGACAUGACAAACAAGCAGAAUAAGACUCCACUAGACAAAAGUACGACUGGGGUGUCUGAAAUACUACUUAAAACUCAGAUGAAGAUGAGCCUCAAGUGCCUGGCUGCCCGAGCAGUUCGGGCUAAUGACAUUAACUACCAAGACCAGAUCCCCCGGACUCUUGAAGAGUUUGUUGGAUUUCAUUAAGUGACUGGAUGUGUAAAAUCGUUUAAUGUGGUGCUAAAAAGUAAAGGACUUUAAUCACAGACAAUAGAAGUAUGUGUUCAUAAAUUGUCCUUUUCUUUCCACUACCCUUUCAGCCCAUCCAUCCUUGGUUCCGUUUGGCUCUUGUCUCAUGUAUUGAUUUCAGCACACUAAACAGAGCAGCACUGUUCAGGUGUAACUGGAAGGUGUUUGGACAUUUCUUUGUUUCUUUUUCUUUUUUUUUUUUAAAGGAAUGAAUGUAAGAUAUUUUGUGUAAUACGGGGCAUUUGUGAUUUAAAAUUGAUGAUGUUUUAAACAGCUGCCUACAAAAGUAUUUCUAUUAAGCUGGUGUGUCAGCAUGUCAUCUGUGCAGCAGUUUUGAGGAUUUCAUGAAGAAAAUGAACUAAAAAGGAACCCUGAGAGCAAUGGGAGAUGCUCCUGCCCUGCGUGGAUGGCUCUCACUCUCACUGUGUGUGCAGAGUGAUACAGCACAUUUUUACACCAGGAGGACUCGAAACACUUAGCUACUGAUUAAUCUGGAAAUUAUGUGCAGUUAUUGUUGGAAAGUUGAAUUCAUGGAAAUAAUUGCAUUAUGUUGGGUAGUGUCUUUAACUGGCAAUCUUAGCUCAACCUUAUGGACAUUGCUAGACUCUACCCCUAGCCUUGAGUUCUUCCUGUCUCUGUUUUGAUGAUGGAUCUAAAUUGCAGUCAGGCAUUUGAUUUUUGGCUCACAGACUUAAAUAAGGAGCACGCUGUAUUAUGAAACAUUGUCGUAGUAUAGCUGAUAUUCUAUUUCGUCCCCUUUUAGACCUUUCCUCUUAUGUUGUAUCUUUAAAAUAGGUAACUGCCUUUCCAGAGGGCAUUUAUUUCUGUCUCCCUGUUAGGUGUAAGAUGAACAAGGACAUACUUCUGUUGUUUUUUACUUAGUCCAUUGUGAGAUAUAGGAAAACCAGGAGUAGGGUAUAGGAAAUGAAGUAUUUGAUGAGGAAAAUGAUUCUAAAUGCCACAUAGAAGGUAUGUCUCAGAGCUGCAGACUAUUCUACUGUAGGCUGAGGUCUUUGUUUUUUGCUUUCUUUUAUCAGCAACAUUUCAGUUGUUGAGUAUUCUGUGAUAUUUCCCUUAAGCAUCACAGAAAUUCAAGUUAAGGAACAUUUGCUUCUGGGAAUGAUAAUGAAAGUAAAACUAGUUGUUCCUGUAAUUUUUCUCUAGUGCCAAAUGAAUGCCUGAGCUACCCCUAGUGCAUGGCACCCUAAGUGGAGGCCCACAGCUUCUUGUUUUCCUUCUUGUCAUGAUGCAACAUUGGAUAUAAACUUUAAACAACUUGUAAGAUUUCACAAACAUUUUACCUGUGGAUAUUGCUUUUUAAAAUAUAUGAGAAAGGUUGCAGUUGGAGCAGCAUAAAAAAUGACCAAGCCAAAAGCAGCACCUAGGGCCUUAACAGAGAUAUCCCACAAAAUGAAAUACCUGGUAGGGCAAGAGAGAUUUGAGAAACUUCCUGCUCCAAGGGUGUGAGACACUUGCUGUAGCUGUGCUUUGUGUGUGUUCUUGCUUCAGUUAGGAGUGUUUGAUGGUGAAUUCUUUCAUGGUAAUAUAUUUCUAUUUUCCUAACUUGAGAGUUUACAAGGAACGAUGGCUUAAAGGGAGGUGUUGGAAUGACCCUAAUUUGGGAACUUCUGUCACCCUCCUGACAUGACUCAAUGACUCAUGUCUCACCUUGCUCUGGCAGCUCUCAGUGGCCUGGAAGAGAUGACACACUGCACAGGUGAGUCAGUCCUCCCUCUGCCCAGGUUCAGGUCAUGUCUUUCCUUUUUGGACUCUAAGGCCCAAUAUGGACAGUGAGGAAUAGCUGUGACACUUAGUACUCAGUUGGUUCCGUUUUUUAAUGUAUGUGGUUUUUAAGCACCCAAACUUAAAAUAUCAGAUAAUGUGCAUGUUUUAAAAACAUUUUUCCCCUUCACUACCCAGGACCAACACUGUUCUAGAUAUUAUUUAUAUAUGAGGAUAAUGAUAAUAUGUGCAUAUUCAGAGAUAGAAUUUGAGGACAGCUUGGAAGGGGGGAAGACAGUGCUGAUGAAGGUGGAGCAAACUGAACCAUGCUGGUGGGAAACUGGCUAGAUUUGUUUAAACUGUAGUUGUACAUUGUGCACUCUGGCUGAGGGUCUAAUUCUGUGUCUAAUGUCACUCCAGAUUUGCAUUGGGGAACACCUGUAUAAAGCCAUUAUUGGAAGAAGUGA